AUGAAUAGUUUUAGCGAUUUAAGUCAGAUUUCGGAUAUAACUAGUAUUUCAAGAAUUUCUCGCACGAAUUGUAGUCGAAUAUUGGGUAGAGUAGAUUCAUUGCAAAAUUUAUUUGAACAACAAUGUAGCUUGACUUUUAAUACAAGUAAAAAUAUUACAUAUCAUACAUCUAACCAUUUAGAGAAAGUUGUAAAAUGUCUUAGCUCGUGUGAGGAUAGCAUAGGAGAACAUUUAAAAUGUAAAAUAAUUUUGAAAUGUAUAAAGGAAGCAUCAAUGAACAUAAAGGAAACAUUAUCUGAUGACGUUGUUGCCAAAUUAAAGGGAUUACUUCUAAUUCAUGAGCUUAAUAAAUAUAUGUCUUUAUCUUCUACAUUAAAAAAUAUGGAGAAAGAUUUAAGUAUUUUAGGAAUCACAGAUAUUCCGAAUAAUGAUCUCAGUUAUGAAGAGAUGUUAGACGUUAAAUAUCAUGUAGAAACAUUGUUACGAGAAAGAAUACAUGAAUUUAUAUUAAGAUAUGAACAGUUGGGUGGAAAUAUAAAGGAAAUUCUAAGAUCAACUGAUUGCAAUAUGCGUAAAAAGAUAUUUGAAUCUCAUGAAAUGCAAAUAUUUCAAUGGAAAGAUAAGAUUGAAGAAUUAUGUACUCAAUAUGAAACAAAUAUUAUGAAGUAUAAGACUUUGUUGAACAAAUGGAAUAAAUUGAAAUACAAAGAUGUAAGUCAAAUUUAUUUAGAGAAAGCAGAACGUAUAUUACUGCAGGCACAAGUUGCAGAAGCACAAGCAAAAAUUGCAAAAUUGUCAUGUAUUAUAAAGAUGUACAAGGAAACUCCAAUAACAAUUGAUGCAUAUAGAGCAUUAAAUACAGCUGUAGACAAAAAAUCAUUUAUAAUGAUAAGUGAAAUCAAAGAGAAGGAGAAUUUAAAGAAACAAUAUGAGCAGUUACAAAAUACAGAAUAUGAUGAUGUCUUAAAAACUUAUCUACAUUUUUGCAAAGCUAUUGAAAAGAAAAAACAACUAUUGGAAAAACUUUAA